AUGUCUAGUGGUCCCAGUAGCACAACCCCAGGAUGGAAGCAGAUGUCUUGGCGGAAGAGGCCACAGAGUGUCGUGGCUUGGGAGAGCAAAGCUGAAUGGGACCAAGUGAUGGUGGGCUUAUAUUGUGGGGACCGUGAGAUACAACAGGAUGCUUUGGACCGAAUAUCUGCUUGGAAAAGCAGGUAAGAGGGAAUGUGAACGGGUUAUAGAGGCAGCAAGCAGGUGGGUAGGUGCCUGAAGUGCAAGGGAAGGAUGGCAGGGGAUAAGGUGAGUCAGACUCUAUCCCAGAGCUUUCCAAACUUUACAUGUUAGUGACACACUUUUUAGACAUGCAUUAUUUCGCGACACAGUAAUUCGGCAAAUUGAAGGUUAAACUAUCCCCUUUCAGUCCCAGGAGAAGUGCAGGGAGCAUUCACAUGGCACAUCUAUACACUGCAACUGACACACUAACGUGUCGUGACACACAGUUUGGAAAGCUCUGCUCUAUCCUAUGAUUGCUAGGGGUGAAGACCUCUGUCCACUCCUCCUCUGCUUAGCAGCACCUAUUCUUUUCUCAGUUCCAAGCUUUUCUCUUGAAUUUAGAUCAGUGGUUCUCAAACUUUUUUCUCUGGGCCACACUUUCAGAAUAAAAAUUUGCUUGCACCUCACUAAAUUUUUUAUUGAUAAGAAAUGCAUUGGAAAACAAAAAGAAACAGCUCCCAUCAAUGCUUGCUUUAUAACAUAGAACAUGAAUACUUUAUAAUAUGAUCAUGGGACAUCCAGAAAAUAUAAAACAAUGCAGCUACAUAAGAAACAUGAAUCAUUCUCGAAAUAUAAUAUAAAUGAGCUUCUUACAUAUGUAUCUUAAGUACAGACUCAGUAAGAGGAGUGAGUUUGCUUUUGCCGGGUAAUCUCAUUUAUAUUAGGUCUAAUUUGAGAGAAAUGCUCUUAAAGAGAGGCAUGGAUUCUGCUUCUGGUUGCAUAUUCAAAAAAAAAUUUUUUGAUACUAUACUGCACUGAAAUGUUUAAAUGUUUCUUUGAAUGUUCUUGAAUCUUCCUGCCACAUGUAUCUUCCUCUGCUGCCACACCCUUUGAGAACCACUGAUCUAGAUCAAGGGUGGGGAAUUUAUGGCACUCCAGAUGUUGCUGGACUCAUGUCAUCCCUUGGCCAUGCUGGCUGGUAGGAUUUGGAAUUCAACAUUUGCAUGACCACAAGUUCCCUACCCCUGAUCUAGAUCCUGGUCAGUUUCUCACAGCACCUCUCUCUGGCAAUUCCAGAUGAAAAAAAAUGACAUACUUACAUAAUUUUAUUUGUAUGCCACUUUUCCACAGUUCAAGGAGUUCACAGGUCUCCUUGAGGAAGGGGUUUUCUUAAACUCGGAGUUUGAAAACUACUGCUCUAGGAGGUAGGUAUAUGCUUUUUGUCUUCAGAAUAGAGACAAUCCUGACCUCACUGUGUUUCACUCUUUAAACCUAGGUAUGGGCAUAGGAUGCCAUUAGCUGUGGAGUGCACUGCGGAUCUGAUUCGUUGUAAACUCCUAGAUGCCUCUGGUGUUCUGAAAUCCCAUGAACUGGUCCUUACGUAUGGUCUAGCUCUUGUGAGGUAAGAAUGGGUAGACAAGAGGAAGGAAGAUUGGAGGGCUGGAAAGGGUGUUUGUGCUAGUCAGUAAUUCCACACCCUAGUGCUAAGCAGGGAGAUAUUAGGCUUUCUUUGUAGAAAGCUGUCAUACCAUUAUAGCAUUUUCAGUAUAUAUAUAAUUCAUAAUUGCAGUAUACAUUAAAAUACCAACCGUUAAGUUCUUGGGUGUUGUCUCCAGCUCAGGUUUACUCACAACUGAAAUUCUGUUUUGAUUUCAGUUAAGGUGAAUAAAGGUUUAGUAACUGAGUUGCCACAUAGGAACCAACAGGUUCAGUUCUAGCUUGCAUGAGAGAAUUUUAAUACAGCCAUUCAAUUAGAUUUAAAUAAUAAAAGCAAAACCAGACAAUCCAAGAUGAUUGGUUUAAGGCAUUUCACAUUUUUAGAACUGCAGAUUAGAAAAAAAGUAAAGUGUAAGGUUCCCAAUUCAUUUAGAUUAAAUAAUCUUUUUGGCAACUGACACUGUUUGGGGCAAAAAAAAAAAAAAGUCACCCACAACUUUCUCUUAUGCUAGUGCAUAUGAAGCUGCUCUACAGGCAACAAACCUGUUUGCAUCAUCCAGCAACCAUCUAAUUUUGGAAUUACAGUGGUACCUCGGGUUACAUACGCUUCAGGUUACAUAUGCUUCAGGUUACAGACUCCGCUAACUCAAAAAUAGUGCUUCAGGUUAAGAACUUUGCUUCAGGAUAAGAACAGAAAUCGUGCUCCGGCGGCAGCAGGAGGCCCCAUUAGCUAAAGUGGUUCUUCAGGUUAAGAACAGUUUCAGGUUAAGUACGGACCUCCGGAACAAAUUAAGUACUUAACCCGAAGUACCACUGUAUAUGACUGGUCUUCUAUAAAAUUCUGAAAUAAAUAGAGCAAUAUGUUCCUAGGUGAAUUGUAUAAAGGGUAAUGCACAAUGCCUUUGAUUCAGUCUGAUCCUCAUAUAUGAAGAUGGCCCUUUAUUCGUCUGUUAAGAAUUUACCAGUCAGAUAUUCUGUGGCUGUAAUUUGAAAUCAAACUUAAGUAUUUAAGUCAUGAUUUGAUUAGUGUUGUGGGGCACAGAAAGCUGAUAGGUCUAAAAGAAUUCUGAGUAUGUAAUAAAUUUGAAAUUUUAAUUUUAAUCUUACAGUCAGAGACAUGUACAUUGUGCUCAUACUGAUUAAAUCUGAUGAUACCCUUUAGUGUACCACAUCAGAUAUUAUUGACUUAACUUUUAUUUAUUUAUUUUUUGUGGAUUCACAUUCAGUGGAGACAUUCAAACAACAGUUCAGGUUCAGUUCAGGAAAACAAAAUAAAGCUUUAUUCCAGUUUUAUAUUUUGACUGCAUUCCUGGAAACAUUUUUUUCAGACAAAUGUAUCAUGAAAAACUAGAAUCAGUUGUGUACUGGGUAAUUUUUUCUUUCAUGUGCAGGUUUGUGAACCUCAUCACAGAGCGGAAGCAGAAAACGGUCGUCAUUCCACUGAGACGCCUAGCAAAAGAGGUAGGAAGGUUCCAGAGAAUUAAGUCUCUGCAGGUUACAGACAUCUCAGCACACACACACACACACACACACACACACACACACACACAGAGGCAGGCAGUUGGAUAAUGAUGACACAGAUAGUAUUCAUCUCCAGCAAAUGUGAGGGAGGUUUUACCCCUUGCCCCUUUGAUGUUAAUGACCAUUUGGUUCUCUUUUAUAGCUAAACAUCCCAGUCUGGAUUGUGAACCUUCGUCAUGAUUUGACCCAUGGCAACCUACCUCACCUGGAUGCUUGCCAAAAAGGUGAGUGCAGUUUUAUAUAGUGCUAUCUGUACCCAUUGUGUAGGAGAACGGGCCAGACUCUAGAGGCUCCCACCUGGAGAAAUGGAAGCAGGGGUAAAUGGGAAGAAUAGGUGACAAGGCGAUUUACAAAUAAUUAAAAUCAGUUUAAAACUGAAAACAACAAAUACAUUUAAAAUGAUUCUGAACCUGUAACAAGUAAAGACUCAUGGUAAAUAUCCAUUUAUCCAGCUGGGGAAGCCUGUGGGAACAAAAAUAUAUUCAGUUGCUUCCAGAAAGUGCAGAUAGUGGGUGCAUGUCAUAUCUCAACAGGAACGCUGUUCCACAGAACAGGAGCAGCCACACUAAAAGCCCUGCACUGAAUUCCUACAGAGUGGGCUUCUGAGAUCUUUGGAACUUUCAAGAAAGACUCUCCCAUAGAUUACAGCCAUCUACUGGGUAUAAAAAGGGAUGUGGGUGGUGCUGUGGGUUAAACCACAGAGCCUAUGGCUUGCCAAUCAGAAGGUCGGUGGCUCGAAUCCUCGAGCUCCCGUUGCUCGGUCCCUGCUCGGUCCCUUCCGUGAAGCCUUUAGCAAACCCGCCCCCCACUUACCCUCGUACUGUAUUCCAGCUAAGCCUAAGUACACAUAACUAUAUCCCCUUUUAUACCUAGUAAAAAGGUAAAGGGACCCCUGACCAUGAGGUCCAGUCGUGGCCGACUCUGGGGUUGCGGUGCUCAUCCCGCUUUAUUGGCCGAGGGAGCCGGCGUGCAGCUUCCGGGUCAUAUGGCCAGCAUGACUAAGCCACUUCUGGCCGUUUACCUUCCCGCCAGAAGUACCUAUUUAUCUACUUGAACUUGACGUGCUUUUGAACUGCUAGGUUGGCAGGACCUUCCGAUUGGCAGGCCCUAGGCUCUGUUGCUUAGACCACAGCGCCACCCUCGUCCCUGCUUGGAUUACCUGGCAUGAAAAGAGCCUGUCUGCCUUGUUUUCUGGACAUGACCCACUCAGCAUGUAGCUCCAGGAGUACUGGAGAUAAAUGUGGAACCAUUGCAAGUCUCAUGCUUUUGAGGACCUGUUUGAUCAGAGAUAACAUUGAGACAAAAGAGACAUUUAACUCUAAUUCCACCUUCACCUACUGAUCUUCAGCCCCAGUGGGCUGCUCUGCCUCUCCAAAUGCCUAACCUCUAAGUGCAGUACUUUAGUAUUUCCAGUAGGUGGUGCUGUGCAUUUAGGGCUUGGUAAAUGCUUUCACCAAUAAAAAAACUGGAUGGUCUGAAGAUCUGGACAGAUAAGAGUGUUCAUUUGUAGGGGAACAGAAGGCAGUAGAGCAUCACUCUGUAGAUGGAAGAGAGGAAGUGCUAGUCUGUCUUUUUGCUCCAGUGGAGCCCCAUGCUGGGCAAAAAUUUGUUCCUGUCCGACUGUAUGAUUCUAAUUCUACAUAGUACCUUUCCUCCAUAGACAAGUCUAAGAACAAGCUCAUCCAGGUUGUGAUCCACCAAGCUAGUUACAGUCAUUAUUUUACAUUGUAUAGCACCAUAAGUCCACUGGUAGGAAAGUGGUAUAUGGAUGUAUUAAGCAAAUAAACCAUGUGAAGAUUCAUAUUCCAGAAAGAACAAGAAUGUAUUUUCUUGGUGCCUAAAAGUUGACAGUGUUGGCACCAGGUGAACCUCCUUUGGGAGAGCAUUCCAUAACAGAGGGACAGCCACUGAAAAGACAUGCACUCUUGUUGCUGCCCUCUGCACAUGUUUCCCUGUAUGGAGCAGUUAAGAGAAAUUACUUGUAAACCUUUCGCUUGACCAGGCUGCCUUUGUUUUACUAUCUUCUCUAUACUGUAUAUGUGUUGUCACCUCCAGGCUGUGAUGUUGUCCUGGAAUGGCUCCGGCAAACAUAUUGGAGCCGCCAGUUGGCCAAUAACCUAGUAAGAGGAUAUGAAGAGGAUGAGGUUGAGGAAUCGCCACUAGCAGGUACCGGGUUCAUCAGCAGUAUAACGGAGCCUGAAAAAUUGGAGUCCCUCGACUGUCAGGGAAAUGUGAUGUUUCAAGGUGAGUAUAGUCACCAUGUGGAUACACACUGCCACCCAAUUACAGCUAUGCUAAAAUCCUGGAUUUCUGCGUUGUUUUCUUGAGGCAGGAAUCUGGGGGCAGAGAGAAGAAAAAAGGAGCUAGAGGUCAAUGGUAUGAAUCUAGUAACAAGUCUGCAUCUGUGAGAGAAGUUGAGGCAUGGAAUUGUCAAUUCAAAUGGAAAUUGGGGAGAUGAAACUAGGCACCUUGGGCCCCUAAGAAGCUUAUAAUACUCUGAAGGGUUGGGGAGGUGUUGCCAUUAGAUUUAAAGAACUUAUUCUCCAAUGUUUUACCCUUUCCUCCCCCACCUCCCCCAACCUUCAUCUAUAUGGCAAUUAAGCUUUCAUGCUCAGUGUGCUCAAUGUGAGCCCCAAACAGCGCUACGUGGCUCCUGGUCAUCCCUGAGCAGGAACACUCAUUUUGAAAUACAGAUCCCCCUUUGUGUUAAUUAAAGCCAAUAGGUAACUACUCGACUAAUUAGAGUUUAUCGAGCUGUUGGUAUUAUAAGCAGAAUAAUUAGGCUGGGAAAUAAUAACAUCAAUGCCAUCAAUGGAGGCUAGUAUAAGGCUCGGGAUUGCUACUGUGUAGGGGCAAGGGAGGUGUGGCAGUGGGAGCAGAUUUUAUAGGCGAAGGGGAUUGAGAUACGGAUACACUCAUACCCCUUCUGAUCUGCACCCCAUCCCGAGGGACGAGGGUAGGGUGAGCAAGGAUUACUCACCUCCGUCACUGGUGCUGUGCAAUGCCAGGUCUAUAGGCAACAAAACCGCCACCCUGCGAGAUUUCUUUACCUCUCAGGUGGCCGACCUGGCUUGUGUGACAGAGACCAGAAGGGGAAACAGUUACCUUACAAGAGGUGGCGCCCUCGGGUUUCUCCGUCCUCCACCAGUCGCGGACUGUGGGCCGGGGGGCGGGGGAGAAGGGUGGCAUUAUUAAUCCGGGAAGAUUGUUCCUUCAGGGCUUUGCCAUCGCCAUCGAUCCCUGGCAUUGAAUGUGUUGGCCUAGUGUGGGGUUCCGAGGAGAGCUUGGCUGUCUGGCUGGUGUACCGGCCACCUAGCGUACCAGCAGCCACCCUGUCAGGCCUACUGGAGGCAGUGGCUGACUGGGCCUUGGAGUUCCCUAACCUAUUGAUAUUGGGGGACUUCAACAUCCAUGCUGAUGCCACUCCCUCCUCACAGGCUCUCGACCUGGUGUCUUCCAUGGCGACACUACGGCUCUCUCAGUUUGUUUCGGGCCCCACACAUCAAGCAGGCCACACGCUGGAUUUGAUUUUUGGUGCAGGUAUAGAUGUGAUCAUGUCCCCUUCAAUGAAGGUGCCAUGGUCUGAUCACUACGCUCUGAAAGCCAGGAUUGACUUUCCACCCCCACCCUGCUUAGUUGGCAAUCUGAUUUGGGCUCGCCCGCAGAGGCUGAUGGACCCUGAUAGAUUCCGUCAAGCCUUGCGGGACCUUGCUCCCUCUGGCGACUCAUUGACUGAGCUUGUUGAGGGCUGGAAUACCCAGCUCCUGGCAGCCAUCAAGCUGCCCUCUGCGACCCGCAGAAACCGGGCUCCCUGGUUUACCGAGGAGCUCCAGAAAAUGAAGCGGGACCUCAGACGGCUAGAGCGAGUAUGGCGGGGUGCCCGUGACGGAGCCUCAAGAACAUCUUAUAGGGCUUUUAUGAAAACCUACGAGAUGGCGGUGAAGGCUGCUAAGAAGUCCUACUUCUCGGCCUCCAUUGCAUCCGCUAGCUCUCGCCCGGCGCAAUUAUUUAGUAUAAUCAGGUCUUUAAUGUCCCUUGAGGGACAGCCAAAUUUAAAUAACAAUUUGACACACAGCUGUGAGGCAUUUGCGAGCUUUUUUGCGGAGAAGGUCUUGUUGCUCCGCCAUGACCUCCCUGCCAAUUUGGAUACAAUAAAGGAACUGGAGGCCCCUCGACUGUCCUCGGGUCCAGUAUUGGACCACUUCAACCGGAUAUCCCCAGCCGAUAUGGACAGACUCCUCCGAGCUGGAAAGCCCACCACCUGUCCUCUUGACCUGUGCCCGUCUUGGCUGAUUAGAGCGUGUCCAGACGAGGUGCGGGGGCCCCUAAGGGGAUAUCAUCAAUUUGUCCCUUGGCACCAGGACAUUCCCAGGGGAAUUGAAGGAGGCAGUGGUGCGCCCGCUCUUAAAGAAAACAUCAUUAGAUCCUUUAGAGCUAUCCAAUUACUGCCUAGUUUUGAAUCUUCGGUUUCUGGGUAAGGUUGCUGAACAGCUUGAUGGGUUCCUGGAUGAAACAUUGGCUCUGGAUCCAUUCCAGUCCGGCUUCCACUCUGGUCAUGGGACCAAGACGGCUCUGGUCGCCCUAACAGAUGAUCUCUGCAGGCAGCUGAAUUGAGACGGGUUGGGGCUGCUGAUUCUUUUAGACCUGUCAGCAGCCUUCAACAUGGUCGAUCACGAACUCCUGGACCACCGCCUUGCCGACGUGGGGAUCCAGGGCACAGUCCUUCAAUGGCUGCGCUCUGUCAGGGACAGAGGGUGGCGCUUGGGGGGGGGGACUGUCGUUGCGCCACUCCUUGGUGUGUGGAGUGGAGUGCCGCAGGGUGUGAUACUCUCCCCGAUGCUUUUCAACAUCUUUAUGCUCCCGCUAGCCCAGCUUGUCCAGAGUUUUGGGUUGGGCUGGGCUGUCAUCAGUAUGCUGAUGACACCCAACUCUAUCUGUUGAUGGAUGGCCAUCCUGACUCGGCCCCAGACACACUGAUCAGAUGUUUGGAAGCUGUGGUUGAAUAACCAUUCAACCAUUCAACGUGGGAGCCGGUUGAAGUUAAAUCCUUUGAACACAGAGGUCCUUUGGCUGGGUCGGAACAAUAUGGGAUUGGGGGGACAACUCCCAUCUCUUGCGGGGGCGCAAUUAGUGCCAGCACUGACCGUUAAGAGUUUGGGUGUAAUCUUUGACACCUCCCUUUCCAUGGAGGUGCAGAUUGCAGCUAUAACAAAGGCGGCAUUUUUUCAUCUCUGCCAAGCUAAGCAGUUGGCUCCUUACCUUUCUCGCCCUGACCUAGCCACUGUGAUCCAUGCGAUGGUCACCUCCGGACUUGAUUAUUGUAACUCACUCUACGUGGGGCUGCCCUUGAGACAUUUUGGAGGUCCCGGGCCACAGAGAGGUUAGGCUGGCCUCAACCAGAGCCAGGGCUUUUUCGGCUGUAGCCCUGAUCUGGUGGAACACUCUGUCACAAGAGACUAGGGCCCUGUGGGACUUGACAUCUUUCCGCAGGGCCUGCAAGACAGAGCUGUUCCACCAGGCCUUUGGCCAAGGCACAGUCUGAGCCCCUCCUUUGGCGAUCCUCGUAGAACUCUGGCCCAGUGGUUGCCAUUUGAUUUUGAAUUGAUUUUAGAAUAUUGAUUUUAGAAUGCUGUGUUACUUUUAUUGCUGUUAGCCGCUCUGAGCCUGACUUCGGCUCGGGAGGGCGGGAUAUAAAUAAAAUUUUAUUAUUAUUUUUAACCCUUCAAAAAAAACAACCCCACAAAAUACUUCUAAUGUGUGUGCAGUUUUCUUUGCACGAUGGCAGAGGUUACACCGAAUAUUCCAUCAUCUUUUAGGGCUGCUGUGGGGAAGCCUUCAACCCACAGAGCCUAAUCAGGCCCACUGGGCCUCCCCAUUUGGCUCUCCAAGCUGUUUUGGCCAAACCAUACCCAACUGCCCCACAGUGGACAUUUAGUCCACAGGUAAAAGAUCCUGCUUGCUGCUGAAAGCAUGGUUUGCAGGCACCUGCUGUGCCUUAACCUGAUCUGAUAAUCUCUACAGCACUCGUAAAGGCACAGGGCUUUUUCCAUAAUUGGCAAUCAGCUGACUUUCAGCACCUUAAAAUUACUGUUUGCUUGCAUGGCUCAAUUCAAAGCACAUAGGGAAAGGAAAAUGUUCACCUUAAGCUGUUGUGACAUCAGAUUAUUGUCUUGUUGCUAGCCCCACUUGCUUGAUAGGUUUGGUCUGCAGGAGUUGUGGGGGUCAGAAUAUGGCCCACUAGUCACAUUCAGUUCUUCAUCUCUGCAUUGAGUCAUGCCGAAGCACUGAAAUCCUGGGGUUGGGGCCUGCUGGAGAUGAGGGUAUGGAGAGCAUAUUAGAUGUCAGUUCACCAUUCUUACCCUCAUUGUACAUGUCUUCAUGGCUACUAGCUGCAGGGCUUUUUAGCAUCCCUGCCUGAAAAAGGCUUCAGCUUCAGAAGCAUCUCUCAACAAAAAGCAGCCAUGCAGUAUAGGUGACCUGCCUUGGGAGAAAUUUAAGUAACUUUGGGGCCUAAAUAAAGCCUAAGUGUAUGAAGUGGUGCUGAUGUGAAGAGGAUGAUAGUCAUUCCUGCAAUGCAGUGUAUUGCCCAGAUCAGCCUUCACCAGUCUGGUGCUUGAGUGCCCUCUACCUGUUUUGGGCUACAACUCCCAUCAGUCCCAGUUAGCAUGGCCAUAGGCAAGGGCUGACCUAGAUGAUGCCCAGUGCUUCUCAUUUACUUCUGAGGAAAUGUCACCCCAUCAAGAGCAGGCCACUACCCAUCCAUCAGGUAUAAGGAACCACCCACUACCACUGCCUCAGUCAUAUCUGAAUUGAGCUUCAGUUUAUCAACUCUCAUAAAACCGUAUAAUUGUAGAGUUGGAAGGGGCCUCAAGGGUAAUUUCGCAGGGGAUUGGACUAGAUGACCCUCGGGUCUUAUGAUGGAAAGAGUUCUUAUGAUGGAAAUAAUAUCUAGUUAUUUGUUAAAUUAGCAUCUUGCUGUUUGAAGAAAUGGUGCUCAGGGUGUUUUGCAUUUCAUAGAUUUCAAAACAAUUACUGUCUUUCUUCUUUACUUGCCUUCCCAGAGAAAGUCGUGGAACUUCUGGUUUCCUAUAAAAAUCAACAAUUUGAGGUAAGUUUCACAGAUUUGUACUUCCUGAUUCAUUUUUGAAGUAGUAAAAUAUAAAGUUCAAGACGUUUUGCUCUAUAUACCACAUUAUAUUUUUCCUGGACCUUUUGACAAUGCAUCUAGAGAAUCAUACUGAGGACUAAAUUGCAAAUAGGGAAUUGUGCUCCAAAUGUACAUACUAUAUAUCAUUUAGAUGUCAUGUUAGAAGGGUGGAGAACCUCCCCAGUGGGGUCCAAUUCAGUCCGAGAGGCCAUGCCUACUCUCCUAUCAGCUGACGCCACUUGAGGGAGUCAGAAGGAAUAAGGCUGCAUAGUGUUGGGUUCAGGCUCACAAAAGUGCUGCCUUCAUGGAGGGCUCUCUUAUGCUUGAACACAGCACUAAGUAUCCCUGUUUCUCCCAUCCCUGUAAAAUGAUUUUUGGGAGUGGGGGGAGAAACAUAGCUAUGUUUUGCCAAUUAAAGCAGCAAAGCUGCUGUCACUUGUAAACUCCAGCCUUGUUUCUCAUGUCCUUGUCAGUGGCAGGGAGUGGGGAAGCAUGCAGUUUGCCAGCCUCAUUCAGUGCUCCCAAAAGUGCUGGAACAUAUGGCUGACACAGUAUCCCUUGUGGUGUGGUUCCUAGGCAAAAACUCCAUGAAAAGGAUUUUGACAGCCCACCUGCCUGUCCAAUUUGAUCCUGAUAAGGAUCUGGCCCCGGGAGCCAGACAGUUUCCCCACCCCAGUUCUCAUCAUUGAACAUAAUAAAGAGGUAGAUUGAUUGAUUCCCCACCCUUUCUUACUGGUACAGAUCAUGAAAGCCCAUAACUUCUGCACUGGCAAUGGAUGAGUAGCAAUGGAUGACCCAUCCCUGAACGCUGAUGGAUAGAUCCAGUGAGGCUAUUUUUCACUGGCCGCCUUACUCCUGGUUUCUUUUUUACUGUUGGUGUUGUACAGCACAAUUCCUCCUGUUUAUUUAUAUGUUCAUAAAUAUAUAUCUAUACUGCUGUGUCAUAAAAAUGUAUCCAAGUGGUUUACAGCAAUAAAACAUAAAAUGGUACAGUACAAUAGAAACCAUAUUAAAAGGUUAAAAACGGAUAUCAAUUAACUGUUGUGGAACAUUUUAUAUUUUAAUUGCCUACACAGGCAUGACAGAAUAUAAAAAGUUUCAGCAGCGGCUGUUUAAAAGUUGUCACAGAAGGCACCUGCUCGAUCUCUGUUGGCUGAGUGUUCCCCAGGACUGGGCCAGUGAAACUAAAGGCUCAGUUUCUUGUUGGCAAAGGAUCCUCACCAACUUAGGGAACAACCCAAGAUGCUCCUGCAGAUGAUCUCAAUUAUCAAGCUGGGGUAUAAGCGUUUAGGCAAUUCCCAAGGUGUCCUGGACCUAAGUUAUUCAGAGCUUUGCAAAUUAAUGCAGGGACAUUGAACCUGGCUUGGUAUUAGAUGGACACCCUGUUUUAACAGUGGUGUCAUGUAAUUCUUGGCCAGAUGCCCUCAUCAGCAAUAUGGCUGCAACGUUCUGGAGCUUCUGAACCAGACCCAAAGGCAGCCCCACAUACAGCAAUCCAGCCUGUUGAUUGAGUCUUCCUCUUUGUGUUAGGUUCUCCAGCAACAGCAGGACAUCAAUCAGGUCUGCAAAUUGUGGUACAACUCUUCCGCAGAGAUACAGUGGAUUGUGGCCCAGGUGAAAGAGUUGUUCCUAGAGAACAGGUAAGGAAGGACUUUAACCUAGUUGAGACUGAGACCCACAGUGGCAGGUGUCUACCGUGCCUGCAAGUACAUAGCAUUUGAUGCAUGAUAUUUCCCAAUUAGAUACUAUGCCAUGGUAACAGAGCCCCUCCUAUGAAGGUAGGGGAAAUCAGCUUGCAUGUGUAAAUACGCAGGAGCAGCCAUGCAAAGUUACACCACAGUGUUUUUUUUCUACGAGCCUUGAAUAGAGUGAGGGGACACAAAUAGCAGACACAGGAAGCUGCCUUAUACAGAAGAAUACCAUUGGUCCUUCUAGCUCAAUAUUUUUUGAACCAACUGGUAGCAGCUCUCCAGGAUUUCCAGCAGGUUGCAUUCCCAAUGCUGCCUGGAGAUACCAGGCAUUGUACCUGGGAGAUUCUGUAUGCAAAGUAGAUGCUGUACCACUGAGCUAUAGCCUUUCCCAGGAGCAAGUACAGUGGUGCCUCGCAAGAUGAAAUUAAUUCGUUCCGCGAAUUUUUUCGUCUAGCGAAUUUUUCGUCUUGCGAAGCACGAAAUCCCAUAGGAAUGCAUUGAAAAUCAAUUAAUGCGUUCCUAUGGUCAAAAAAGUCCAAACAAAGCCAAAUUUGGUACAACAAGAGUUUAUUAAGUGCUCUUUAAAGUCACACAUACUGUAAAGAGCAUUUCAAAAUUCAAACCCAGAAUUUUUUUAAAAAAACAGCAGAGUUGCCCAGUGGUCACAGAAAAUCAUAAAAAUGCAGAAAAAAAAACCAAGCUUCCAGAUUCUUGCAAACUCCUCCCCAACUGUUCCCCCAGCCACCCAGCACACAGAAAUUCAAAUCCAGAUUUUUUUUAAAAAAACAGCAGAGUGCCCCAUUGGUCACAGAAAAUCAUAAAAAUGCAGAAAAAAACACACAAGCUUCCAGAUUCUUGCAAACCCCUCCCCAACACCAAGUCCUUGAAUUCCAAACACCCCAACCCAAAAUCCAAAAACCCCCCAAAAAGUUUUAAAAGCUUAACUUACCAAAUGGCUGCAAAAGAAUUUUUGGGAAAGCUUCAAAAAUCACCAAAGUCUUUAAAAACCUCAAAAAAGGCUACUAUGUACACUGCGUUCUAUGAGUUGCUCCUCGAAGUCAAGUCGCAACUGUAUUAACGGUGUUAAGAAAAAGGAAACAAACUUGCAAGACGUUUUCGUCUUGUGAAGCAAGCCCAUAGGGAAAUUCGUCUUGCGAAGCAGCUCAAAAAACGGAAAACCCUUUCGUCUAGCGAGUUUUCCGUCUUGCGAGGCAUUCGUCUUGCAGGGCACCACUGUACUGAGCAUGAGGCCUAGAGCUGUGGGAGAGCUGUCCAGUAGGAACUGAAUGUCAAGAGCAGAUGCUUUGACAAGAGACCAGGAAUAUUAAGGGAGCUGACAAAAGGUCAACGUAAGCGAACUCUCCAAGCCCUUUCUUCUGCUAAAAAAUUGAUAUUAAUUCACUGGAAACAUAAUACCAUGGUUCCCUUCAAACAAUGGAUAGAAGAUAUGAUAACUCUAGCAACAUAUGAAUGGAUUGCUUUUAGACACAGAUUGUGUAUGGUUAAAUACAAUGAUAUUUGGAAUCCAUUCAUAGAGUAUAAUGUCUUUUUAAUAAUUUUAAAUUUAUUGGCUUAAUUGUACAGUCGUGCCUUGGUUGUUGAACGUCUUGGUACUUGUCUGUUUUGGCUCCCAAAUGCUGCAAACCUGGAAGUGAGUGUUCUGGUUUGUGAACGUUCUUUGGAAGCUGAACAUCCGACGCAGCUUCCAAUUGGCUACAGGAGCUUCCUGCAUCCAGUCAGAAGCAGCGCCUUGGUUUCUGAAUAUUUUGGGAGUCGAACGGACUUCUGGAACAGAUUCUGUUUGACUUCUGAGGUACCACUCUAUUACUUAUGUACCCAUAUAAUCCACUGCAUACUCUUUUGGAUUGUUUUUGUUUGGUUACUUUUCCUCCCCCCCCCCCCCCACAGUAAAGUGGUACCUCUGGAUGCGAACGGGAUCUGUUCUGGAGCCCCAUUCACAUCCUGAGUAGAAUGCAACCCGCGUCUGCGCGGGUCGCAAUUCGCUGCACCUGCGCAUGCGUGUGCCGUCAUUUUGAGCGUCUGCACACGCACAAGUGGCAAAACCUGGAAGUAACGCAUUCCAUUACUUCCAGGUCGCCGCAGAGCGUAACCUGAAAAUGCUCAACCUGAAGCAUAUUUAACUCGAGGUAUGACUGUAUUCACAUUUCCUUUCUUUCAUAUUAUUUUUUCACAGAAAACUUUUAAUAAAAUAUAAAUACAGUGGUACCUCGGGUUACAAACACUUCAGGUUACAUACGCUUCAGGUUACAGACUCCACUAACCCAGAAAUAGUACCUUUGGUUAAGAACUUUGCUUCAGGAUGAGAACAGAAAUCGUGCUCCGGCGGCACGGCAGCAGCAGGAGGCCCCAUUAGCUAAAGUAGUGCUUCAGGUUAAGAACAGUUUCAGGUUAAGAACGGACCUCCAGAACGAAUUAACUACUUAACCCGAGGUACCACUGUAGUUUUAAAGGGGAGCUGUCCAACAGAACUCAGUUAACUGUAGCUGCGGCUUCCCAGAGAGCUUUGCUCUAAGCACUGAACAGCUGAGGGCUGACGGUUUCAUAAGGACACCUGAUGACUUCCCUUCCUGGAUUGCUUCAAGGCUAGGAUUGGAGCAUGUGCUGGCCUUGUCUCCUUUUUCCAAGUAAAUGGAAUGAAAUGAGAGACUUUGGGAUGUCUAACGUGCACCAUUUGGGCUUAGGCACAGUUGUUCUAGCUUUAAAUGUUUGUAGGAAAUAAGAUUUACCAUGACUUUUCUAUCUUAUCACACUCUGAGUCCUUCUGCUUAGUGGCCUUUUGUGGGUGCCGAUUGACUACUUUUUCCAUAGUAUUUAAGCCCAUUAAGGGAUUCUGGCCCAGUUUGAACAAAACAAUACAGCACUCUUCACUUGACAUUCUCUCUCAUGUGUGUUUAGGAACUGAAUGUGUGCAUUACCUCCCUGCACUCUUGGUGCACCUGUCCUAUCCCCAGAUAUCCAUGAAUAGAAUGUUUUGUGGGUAAAAUAUACAUAGGCUCAGGUUGCCGGCUCACUGCCUAGAUUUUAUCUGGGCUAUUGAUUGUAGUGUUCAGGUUCAAUCACAUUUGAUUUUACACAUGCACUCACUAUUCAUAUAUUCCCAUUUGUGAACACAAGAGAGGGGGUGAAAGGUGCAGUCUUGCUCCCAUGUGUAGGGGGGAAGAGUAUUGUCAGGACCACCAUGCUGUGAAGGAGAGAAGGUUGUGUCAACCUCCUAAAUAUCUGCAGAAAAUGAACUUGUGCCCUCUUAUCUCUGCAGAUUGUGGAGUUCUCAUAGCAACUGUUCUGUUUGCAUUAUUCCCUGACAGCGCAAAAGAUAUGCUUCAGUGUUCUGCUCUCUUAUUUACAUUUCUGAGACCUUCUUUUAAGCAUGUCCUGCUGUUUCUUGAUAAAGCGGAAUUUGCUUUUGGCACUUAGCAUUUCAGCAGGGCCUCCUAUUUUCUAGUGAUGGGCAACAGGAAGUGUAGGAGGCGGCUCUGUAACACAGGUCAAUCACCCCACCUCUAGCUUGCUUAGGAGUCCUGGAUGAGAGAACACACCACAGUGCAUGCUUCUAACACAUUUCACACAAAAAAGUGAAGGGAAAUGUGUUUCUGUUGAGGCUGCUUUCUUCACAGGCAAAAACUUGUCCAGCUCAGAGCAAAGUAGUGGGGGAAAAGAGAUCAGUAGCCACAAGGCUGCAGUUGUUGUUUAGUCGUGUCCGACUCUUCGUGACCCCAUGGACCAGAGCAGGUUAGGCACUCCUGUCUUCCACUGCCUCCCGCAGUUUGGUCAGACUCAUGUUUGUAGCUUCGAGAACACUGUCCAACCAUCUCGUCCUCUGUCGUCCCCUUCUCCUUGUGCCCUCCAUCUUUCCCAACAUCAGGGUCUUUUCCAGGGAGUCUUCUCUUCUCAUGAGGUGGCCAAAGUAUUGGAGCCUCAGCUUCACAAUCUGUCCUUCCAGUGAGCACUCAGGGCUGAUUUCCUUAAGAAUGGAUACGUUUGAUCUUCUUGCAGUCCAUGGGAUUCUCAAGAGUCUCCUCCAGCACCAUAAUUCAAAAGCAUCAAUUCUUCGGUGAUCAGCUUUCUUUAUGGUCCAGCUCUCACUUCCAUACAUCACUACUGGGAAAACCAUAGCUUUAACUAUAAGGACCUUUGUCAGCAAGGUGAUGUCUCUGCUUUUUAAGAGGCUCCAGUAGCAUUUUAAAUUGCUAUAUCAUGUGAUUUGUGGUGUUCAUCUGGGUCUGUCUCCUGCCCAAAGACAAGGCAAUUCACCCACCAGCUCUCUUUCCCAGAUCAGCUGUCACAGUCCAGGGCACUGCAUACUGUGGGCAGAGAGAGUAGGUAUUGGUUUAGCAUUUGACUAGCAAAAAUUACAACCUGUCGAAUUUGGGCCAGUUAUUUUAAAGCAUUAAUUAGUCUGAACAGUAAACAAUAACAGAGAGAACUGUGCUGACUACAAAAACUGUCCGAGGAGCGCAGGAAGCUGCCUUAUUUCAGUAUAAUCACUGCUAGUAACCACCGGUAGCUUUUUCUUCCACAAAUUUGUAUAAGAGGAAAUUCUUAUUUUUCUAGCCCAGUAUGGUCAACUCUGGCAGGAAGAGCCUCUUCAAAGUGUUAAGUGGAGGUUUUCCGUCAUUUACUACCUGAUUGUCUGCAGUUGCUGAGUAUUGAAUCUGAGCAUUUGUAGGCCAAAAAAGGUGCUCUCCUUGUCUGUUUCUAGAGGAUGCUAGAACAUUUAUUAGGACAACAGCUCAAACAGAGCCUGUUCCUCCCAAUAAGUAUAUGAACCUAGGAAGCAGCCUUGGAUCGAGACUCUUGAGAGUCUGCAGACUCUGAGGGUCUUCGGUAGAAGAUCUUUCACAUCUACUAACUGCUAAUGAUAAGGAUUGAGCCUGAUACCUUCUACGUACAUGGAAAGCAGGUGCUCUGCUGCUGAACUGUGUCCUCAUCCCAUGCAUCAGACUGCCGUGACUAAUUGCAUUUGUUUGUUUUAUGAUUUUUUCUGAGCUUUGACUUCAGUCUGGAGAUUCCUGCAGAAAAAGUGUAGUUUAUUGUGUUGCCAAGAGUGUCAGUAGUUGGCAAUUUCUUACUGCGACCCAAUAACAGGUAGUCUGUUGAAUGUGGCUGGGAGUAGAUAUUACAGUUUCCUUCCAAAAACAGCAGUCGCUUUGUCUCCUUCUGUCCCAUGGUAAUGUCUAGGGAGCUGAAAUGUGUGAUGGGAGUGGUGUUGCAUCGCCUCUUCCACAUGUGAGGAUGGGGAAAGACAGUCCUAAUGAGACUGUGUUGCAUUCUGUUAGUGCCAGAGAGAUGGGGAGGAGGUGUGGGGCUUUGGUCAAUGGCUCCAGAAGAUUCCUGGCAGCGACCCAAGCCAUAGGUUGCUGCCAGCUCCUCUCCCACUGGAGCAACAGAGGAAUACAGAUAAACAGUGCUGCCAAUGGCACAUUUCCUUCCUCCCCACUGCCCAUGUGUUGAUUGAACCCUGAUUCCAAGCUGGAGCCCACCCAGAGGGUCACUCCGUUGAGGGCCUUGGAGAACCUUCAAGCAGCCCAAUAUCCUCUGCUUUGAAAAAAUAUCUUUAACUGCUGAUAAAAAUCCUUCCAAGGCUAGCAAAUCUAAAACAUGGGAGUAACUGUUACUUUGUGUUCAGUAUGUCAGGAAUCUUGAAAUAGGGCGUAAAUUAUUUUGCUUGAAACCUUGAACGUUUGAGAAUGAUACUGUGGUUUGAUAGAUGUCCUCGCCAACAAUUGACACAAACUUGUGAGUCUGCCAACAAUCUCCAGCACCCAGGUGGCCCAAGUGAAUGAAGUUUAGAAUUUACCCUGUCUGGAGGGUUGAUUGUAGGGUUGACCCAUUGAAAUGCCACAAAAGGGAUGUGUUGCCCAGGUUACAAAUGCAGGAGUAUGACGUGGAAAGACAUAAGUUGAAAGUUGGACUGUCCUGCUUCAGAAUGUAGGUUACAGGGGAAUCCCAGGUUAGACUCAGUUCCAUGUAAAAGGAAUGAAUCUCUGCAUGUAAAAAUCUAGCACACUCAUUUCAUGCUAGAUUCGUAUUUGCAUAAUUUUUAUAUUAUAUUUUAUAUAGGGUGGUCAUUUGAAAAUGGCAGGCAUUACCUGCAAUCUAAGGUGAUGCAGGGCAUUCUACCACCUCAUUUCUGGAGCACAUGUAGACCAGGCCUUUGGUGUAUGUAUAUGGACAGGUGUAUAUGGAGCUAAUUUCAAAGGCUGCUUUUUCUUAUUAGGUUCUCUCUCUACAAGCAGGAAUGUCCAUAUGGCUGGGGCAACCCAGUCAGAUGGACAGCAUAUAAAUAAUAAAUUAUGACGAUGAUGACCUGUGAAAAUGGUUUUCUGUAUGAGGGCUCUGAAUUUUUUUUCUUUCAGGAAAAUGCUGGCAGUGCUGCCUCAAUAGUAUCUCCCCAGAAAAACAACACCAGAGGUGGUAUUGGAAUGAAGUAUUGAAGGAUGUUGCAAAGUUAAUGAAUAGGAUUAUUAAGAAUAAUUGUUGUGCAGUCAUAAAGUAUCUAUAUCCAUAUAUAUAAACACUGAUACACAUAUACCUCAAUACUGGCUAUUCUGAUAUGUACCAAGUGGCCAACAAAUUUGGAGGUGUAUAGAAGUCAAAGAAGACUAGGCUCAGUAAUGUCUGUUUUUUCUGCUUUUGAGGGUUAUGGUUCUUAUGGCAUAGUCUUCUUUUCAAUUAGUCUCUUAUCAAUGCUAGUGCAAGUCAUAUUAGCUUGAAGCGUACUAGAUAAUAGUUUGUAGGUGCUGGCUAGGGCUGAUGGGAAUUGUGGGUGGUUGCUGAACAACUCCAAGCACGCCUAGAGGAUGCAGACCAUUGGAUCCCUUCCAAUUGGGAUUCAGGCCUCACCAUAGAACUGAAACUGCCUUGGUCGCACUGGUCGAUGAUCUUCGGCGAGCUAGGGACAAAGGUGAGAGCUGCUUCCUAGUUCUGCUGGAUCUCUCAGCGGCCUUUGACACCAUCGACCAUAACAUCCUUAUGGACCAUCUAGAGGGGCUGGGAGCUGGGGGCACUGUUAUACAGUGGUUCCGCUCCUUUCACCUGGGCCGUGUCCAGAAAGUGGUGUUGGGGAAUGAGUGUUCAGACCCCUGGGCUCUCACUUGUGGGGUGCCUCAGGGUUCCGUCCUCUCCCUCAUGCUUUUUAAUAUCUAUAUGAAGCCGCUAGGAGAGAUCAUCAGGGGGGUUGGGCUGGGUGUUCAUCAGUAUGCAGAUGAUACCCAGCUCUACCUCUCUUUUAAAUCAGAACCAGUGAAGGCGGUGAAGGUCCUGUGUGAGUGCCUGGAGGCGUUUGGAGGAUGGAUGGCGGCUAACAGAUUGAGGUUGAAUCCUGACAAGACAGAAGUACUGUUUUGGAUGGACAGGGGGCGGGCGGGUGUGGGGGAUUCCCUGAUCCUGAAUGGGGUAACUGUGCCCCUGAAGAACCAGGUGCGCAGCCUGGGAGUCAUUUUGGACUCAUAGCUGUCCAUGGAGGCGCAGGUUAACUCUGUGUCCAGGGCGGCUGUCUACCAGCUCCACCUGGUACGCAGGCUAAGACCCUACCUGCCUGCAGACUGUCUCGCCAGAGUGGUACAUGCUCUAGUUAUCUCCCACUUGGACUACUGCAAUGUGCUCUACGUGGGGCUACCUUUGAAGGUGACGUGGAAACUGCAAUUAAUCCAGAAUGCGGCAGCUAGACUGGUGACUGGGAGUGGCUGCUGGGACCACAUAACACUGGUCCUGAGAGAUCUGCAUUGGCUCCCAGUAUGUUUCUGAGUGCAAUUCAAAGUGUUGGUGCUGACCUUUAAAGCCCUAAAAGGACUUGGUCCUUCUAUACCUGAAGGAGCGUCUCCACCCCCAUUGUUCAGCCCGGACACCGAGAUCCAGCACCGAGGGCCUUCUGGCAGUUCCCUCAUUGCGAGAAGUGAGGUUACAGGGAACCAGACAGAGGGCCUUCUCGGUAGUGGCGCCCGCCCUGUGGAACACCCUCCCUUCAGACGUGAAGGAAAUAAGCAGCUAUCCUAUCUUUAAAAGACAUCUGAAGGCAGCUCUGUUUAGGGAAGUUUUUAAUAUUUAAUGCUGUACAGUGGUACCUCAGGUUACAUAUGCUUCAGGUUACAUACGCUUCAGGUUACAGACUCCGCUAACCCAGAAAUAGUGCUUUAGGUUAAGAACUUUGCUUCAGGAUGAGAACAGAAAUCGUGCUCCAGCGGCGCGGCAGCAGCAGGAGGCCCCAUUAGCUAAAGUGGUGCUUCAGAUUAAGAACAGUUUCAGGUUAAGUAUGGACCUCCAGAACGAAUUAAGUACUUAACCCGAGGUACCACUGUAUUGUUUUUAACAUGCGAUUGGGAGCCACCCAGAGUGGCUGGGGAAACUCAGCCAGAUGGAGAGGGUAUAAAUAAUAAAUUAUGAUGAUGAUGAUGAUGAUGAUUAUCUGAAAAGACUAGACUAGAGGGCACCAGGUUAGCCAAGGCUGUUGUAGAUGUUCUUCUGGGUGAGAAAUUUAAACCAGAUCUCAAGCUCUUCAGGGAUGUGUAUAUGAGUGGUUUUGUUUUUGCUUCCUCUUCUCCCCCCACCCCCCCGGUUUAUUUUAUUAUACUUUUAUUAAGUAGAAAUUGCCACCUGAUUGAAGUGCCAUGCAGCUUCAGCUGCAUAGCAAGUGGAAAAUUUCCAACAUCCAGGGUGUGGGGAAGUACUUUGAAGAAGUGGAUAGCAUUUAGAAAGCAACAACUUAUUGGUGCAAUCCCCUCGCUUAAAACAUCUGCGUCCUCUUGAUGAGACAUGAUGAUUGUUCCUCAGGUGACCUUUGGGGAAAGAGGCCCACGUCAGAGUUAUCUUUCCCUUCAGGUCAUUUAGGUUUUCACCCUUUUUCAUGCGUACAUUUGGUAACGAAAGAGGGGAAGUGGGGGGGAGAACUAUGGGAGGUUUGACUGACGUGUUCCUUGACCUCCAUGCCUUAAAGUAUUAUCUGCACCAUGGGGAGCCAAUGUCUUUCCCUCAGGAUGUUUAUUAUUUGUUUUUCAAAUUUAUAUGCUGUCCUUCAUCUGAUGAUUGCAGGACAGUUUACAGUGUAAAAGCAAACAAUAUAAUAAACAAAACAACUGCCCUCACCCUCAAUUGUCUAAAAGGCCAUAGAUUGUUUAUUUAGUCAAAGGUCUGGAAAUGUUUCAAGCCAAUGUCUUUUACAGAGGCAGCAUCAUCUUAUUGUAAUCCUAACUACUUGCAACGUCUGGAGACAUCUUUGCUAUUUGUGAGAGUACUAACAAAUUGGAUCUUUCUUUUACCAUUUCCUUCUCAGUAUCAGAAAUCAUGUAAUAAGCAAUCACCAGUGCACAAUGUCUUAUGGUAAUGCACUAAGCAACAGAAUGCUCAAUCUGGGACCCUCCCACUUCCCAGGUACCAGAUUACACAUGUAGAAGUUUAUGUGUAGGCUUCAUUCAGGUGCUCCUUUUAAAUGUAUGGGGGUCAAGAGUGGGGAGCAGUGGGCGCAUCUCUAGUCUGCAGCAUUCAUUUGUACUCAGUGUAAAAAAAAGAGCUAGUUGUUAUCCAACACUAACUGAUGGUCUAUUGUGUUUGUAUGUUGUAUGCUGCUUUGGUACUUAAAUAUGAGAAGCAGUAUAUAAAUUUAUAUAAUGAAUACAAUACUGUAAUAUCACAAGAACUUUUAAGUGGUGUUGGAGAACAUCUGGCCGUUGGGCCUGAUAACUUGCCCUCAAGCAUACUAAUCAGUUUUGGGCAAACUCUGACCACCUUGCCAAUACUUGUAGAAAUUUCCUUUGCAGCUGUGGCUUGGAAGUUUUGAUAACCAGAUGUCUUAUUACAUCAGGUAAUAAUGGGCCACUCCUGGGUGCAGCCUUCCAAAUGGAAGUGAUUCUCCUAUAAAAUAAAAUAAAAUAAAAUUCAGUGUAGUAAGAUUGACAUCACAUAUUGAUAGCCAGCCUUUACUAUAUAUUUCCUGUAUAUUUUGGAAUGUUGUUUGUUUGCUGUACAUUUGGACACCUCUUAAGACAGCCUUUGCCAACCUGGUUGCUUUCCAGGGACUGAAAGGAGUUGUAGUCUAAAACAUCUGGAGAACACCUGGUUAGCAAACGCUUUCUUAAGAUAUAACCCAAUUUUGCAUGAUCAUUCCUGAGAUCUAUGAGCAGGUUUUCAACUAUAUUUAGAUAUGAGUGGAUGCUGUUUGAAUCAAGAUGGUGGGCAGAGCCUUGCAAAACUCACGCCAGCCCCACUGUCCUAGAAUUUCUUAGCAAUAUCGGGUACAAGGCUACUAGCAGCAGAAUUGCUGAGGUCAUAUUAUUCAAGAUGUUGAUAGUUUAACGUUCAAGGUUCUUAGUCACAUUGAUGUUCUAUCAGAAACUGGGCUACUGGGAGGUAGCCCAUUAUACUUCUUUCCAUAUACAUAUGGAGAGAAGGUGCAUCUGUUCUGGACAUGGAUGGGCAUGGAAACCAGGAAGGGGGUUUCUCCAUGGGUCACCUGAGCUAGUUCCACUGAGGGUUGAGGUUUGUGACUGAGCAAGAAACUCAAGUUUUGGUUCCCCAUUUCAUUGGGAAGAAUUUCCUUGAUUUCAGAGACAUGAUAAGAGCUGGGCCCAUUACCUUCCACAAGCUUGAAACCACCUGUUUUAAAUAGCCUGCAGCUUUUUAGAGGCCAGGAGUUGAGCACUUUCUCUCUGUUGCAGGACUUCUCCAGGCCCUGAACAGGCUUUGUGAAGAGGGGGUGGCUUUUGCUUUCUUAAAAUUACCAGGGUAAAGAAAAAUAUGUUUAUGAAGGGUGCGGGAAUAUGAUCAAGUGCACCUCUCCCUCUUUCUCUCCCUCCCUUUUAAAGAAGUAGUCUAAGCCUUCCAUUGUUGCCAGAUCAGGGCAGAAAUGCCUGUUUGUUAAAUAAGGGGUUUGUAGACCCCAGGGCGUGGUCCAUGAACACAUGAUACAUUGACUUCCCUGAAAGUAAGGAGGCAUGGGGCUGGUCAUUGGCUGGCAUCACCACACACCAUCUUGGGCUGCUGUGGAUGUCAGCUCUAGCAGUCCUCCUUAUUUCAUAGAUGAAGUUCUGAAUAAGCACCAGCUUCUGCCAGUGCAUCGCAAUGCCCCCUGACAAAGCACUGCACCACAACAUUUGUAGAGACUUUAAAUGGUGUUGUUACUAUUGCUGCAGGGGCCCAGCAAUGGAGGGGACCCACCUGAGGGCAUUUUGAUGAGGUACCACCACAUCCCCAGAGCAAACCCUGUGGGGAUGGAUGGAAAAUCCUUGAGCAUGAGCUUGAGGUAGGAUAAAAAUGGAAUAUAUGAGAGACAGUUGCAAAAAGCAGUGUUUGUGUUUAUGUCCAUGUGCUUAACCUUCUCCCCUGCCUGCUGUUUCUCUUUUGUAAGUCUUCCACUUCAGAGCUGCUUAUCCACCAACAGGUUUGAAGGUCAAGUGGAGAAAAGCAGCAGGCAGCAGCAGUGGAGGCAGGGCUGGUACUGUUCAGGGAUGCUUCUGAUAGAAGAAAUGAGAGCCAGCUUCACUGAUGCCUUUUGAGAAGGGCUGUGGUUCAAGUGGUAGAGCACAUGCUUUACAUUCAGAAGGUCCCGGGUUCAAUCUCUGGCAUCCGCAGACAGUGCUGGGAAAAUCUGGAGAGCUGCUGCUGGGGACUAAAACCUGGGAUCUUUUGCAUUCACCUUUCCGACCUGCUUCCAGGUUUCGGUGCCAGAAAGGUAAUAGUAAGGGGGUGGGUGGUAGGUGGGAGGGAACAGAGAACAUGGAAUUAAUGCUGUUUUAGAAUUUGCUCCAGCAUGGCAGCAGCAUAGCAGUCCCUGAGCAAUUGACCAGAGGCCUACUUACCCCUUGUUCAUUUUGAUCUGUUGUUCAUUUCCCAGUUUUUGCAGAAACAUACCUUUUGAAUUAUAGUACAAGCUGCUAUUUUUACAGCCUGGGGGAGAGGCUGUGUCUAUUAACAGCAACUGGAACUGAUGCACUGACUACAAUGACAUGUUCCCUUUCCAACUAGAAGUUUCCUUUUAGAAACUAACACUAUUAUAUGACACUUACAGAAAUGAGAUUUGUCUCCCCAUCCUCUUUUAUUAGCUGUAGUAUAUUCCUGUUUUAGAAACAGAUUCCUCCCCUCCUUUUUUUUUGAAACCCCCACAACUUUAUUGAACUUCUAUAUAGAGACUCAAACUGUAUUAUUGUGGAUUUAUCAGUGGGCUGGUUCUUAUCCUCUCAGCAAUAGUUUGGAGAAUUGGAAGUAAGUGUAGGGUGUGUGUUUCCUUUCCUCAAUUUUGGUUUCCACAACUGGUAGCGUCACUCCAAACCAGAACAGAAAAGCAAAAAUGUUCUUCAGAUGUAAUACCAAACUAUGAAAUUGUGGGAUGGGUUUUAAUAGGUAGAAGAAGAUAUAUUAAUUGCAAUUUAUCCCUCCGGGCCACAUGUGUGGGUUGAACAGUUUUAACAUUCCACCCUUGGCAGCAAAAAAUUCCUAUGCUAAAAGCAUAGAAAUUAGGCUGUAAAGGCUCACUUUGAGCAAGUCCAGCUAAUGAAAUAAGCUACCUUCUCACUUCUUAUCCCACUUAACAAACUAUCAGGCAACAACUUAUAAAGUAUAUUUAAAAUAAGAUUUACUUGCUUUGUACUCAUGCAUUGGUUCAUAGCAAUGGCCGCAUUAAAAAAAUAUCCUGUAGGCAGUAUAGCACAUGCCUGAAGCUGAAGCAAGCGGAAGGCCCAUCUGCCCUCAUGGCUGGUCAAAGGAUGAGAGAGAGAGGAACAGGAAGUACUAUAUGUUGCUUCCUCUCCAAGAGAGGAAGGGAAAUGACAUCACACAGAGCCAUUUCUACCACUUGUAUUUCUAUGGUCUGAGAAUCUGCCUAUCAGCAAUACAGCUCCAUUGACUUAGCUCCUUCUCAUGCUAUGUGGGAAGAAUAUGCAUUUGUUAGGUUUGGCUGCUAAUCUCCCACAGGAAUCACCCACAGGCAUAAGGAAAACAUUCCAUUUCCCUAGCAUAUGAAGAUGAGAAGAAAUUCUGGUUUGUGAUUAGAUCCUAGUUUGUAGGCAGGUGCAAACAGUUAUUUGGCCAUUGGAAUGUAACAAUGAACUAAGGUUAAUAGCUACACCAAGAUCAGAAGGGAGGGAGGAAGUGUGCAAUCUACUCAAGCCUUGUUCUUUCUAAUGGUUUGGCAUUAAAUAAGCACAAUUGAAGAAUGUUGGGUUAUACCAAUGGUGACUGGUGCUCAUAUGGAGUGGUAGAGUGGAAGGAAGGAAACUCACUGAGAUUUGUAAUGACUCUAGGGAGGCUAUGAUCGAAGUGUUGCUUGAUGAUGGCUUUCUCAUCCCAACCACGGAAGAGCUGAACAUCUUGAAUAUUGAACAUCUAGGUUAGUGCUCUAGAUUUCUCUUUUCUUUUGGCUGACAGAUGUGUGCACAUGGUUUCAGCAGUUGACCACUCAGAAUAAAUAAAACAAAUCUGUGCUACAUCCUAGCAAACUGGUAACCAUAUUACCAUUUUUAAGUAAUAUAAAUGAAUAGCUUUCGGUUGCCAUCAUAGUCAAAACUUAUGUGGAAUGUGGGGAGGGGGCAAAGACAGAUUGAGAAAGUAGUAAACUGCCCUGCACCUUGCCUUUUCAAAUUAAUGAAACUGAGUUAAUCAUGUCUAUUAAUUUCAGUGACUCUGCUUUGAGUAGAGCUAGCAUUGGAUACAGCCUUAUGAUUGUGGUUCUACACCCUCCUGCUGAUAACAGUAGUAACAAUAAUCAUGCAGAAAUAUAACUUUAAAACUUGAGGAAAAUUAAGGGAAUGUGGUGGUGUUCAAUAUAUUACCUGGUUGUUGUUGUUGUUUGAAUAACUUUUUUCCUCUCUCCCCUUGGUGGUGGUGUAGAAACCGCGGAUUGGGAUUUUAGAAUCCCUCAGUCUUUUGGUUGCUUCUGGUACCCCCUCCUGAGGGGCCUGCACUCUAGAGACUUCACACAGACUCUGGCCGAGAUGCUGUUCUGUGAGCUGAAGAAAUUCUUCUCGAUUACUGAACUCCGGUCAGACUAUCUCAUCAGGUGGCUCACAAAAAUUUUAGAGACCAGCGCACCAUCAAGUGAGUAUCGUACCCUUUGCAGGAAUAAAAAGCAACAGAAAGCGCUGUUUAAUCCUCAUCAUCAACAUCAACAUUUUUUGAGAACCAGGGUAGUGUAGUGGCUACAGAGUUGGGCUAGGACCUGGGAGACCAGAGUUCUAGUCCCCACUCAGCAGUGAAGCUCACUUGGGUCAGUCACUCGCUCUCAGCUUAACCUACCACACAGGAUAAAAAGGGGGAGGGGGGAGGAGAACUUAAGUAUGCCACCUUGAGCUCCAUGGAGUAAAGGUGGGAUAUAAAUGUAAUAAAACAAAUAAUAAUAAACAUUUAAGGUAACUGUCCCCAGCCUGGUACCCACCAGAAGUUUUGAUGACCGUUUCUAUCAGCCAUGAGAGUGGGAGGCCAGAACUUCUGAAGGGUACCAGGUUGAGGAAGGCUGAUCUAAAACAUGCAAACCAAUAUGAAAAAAUAUUUUUUGCUAUUUAUUUUAUGUGUUUAUGUACCACAUACAAAAAAGACAAAUAGAAUAAGUAGAAUACAGGUGACCAUGACUUUCUGUGUACGCAGCCUUGAAGGUUGAGGAAACACAUUAAUGUGUUAAUUCACACAUUAGUGUGACUUAAUGUUCCUUGCCAACUACAUUUGCAGUUUUGUGGGAACUAGCGAAUGGGAAAACCUAGCAAUGUCACAUUUACUAUAAAUCUGGAAAGGAGUUGCUCUCCUUGUAGGGCUCUUUUCUACACCCUCAUUUUCUUCCUUUUAAUGAUACCUUUUGCUUAAGCCUCAAGAAUUGGAACACAAGGAUAGUCCUGCACUGAACCAAAGAUUCAUCUAGUCUAACAUUCUUAUUUUAGCAGGGACUAACUUCUGAAGGAGUCUAUGAGCAGAGCAUGAAAGCAAUGGCUGUCCCUCACAACAACUGGUAUUCAAAGUGGCUGUUUCUGAUUAUGGAAGUUCCACUUGAAAAAUAGCCUUUGAUAGAACUGGCCCCUAUGAAUUUGUCUAAUCACCAUUUAAAGCCAUCUGUUAGAUGGCAAUUGAACUGCUGUUGUUCUGAUCAGUCUGGCUCCCACCAAUGCCUUGUUCUGUUAGUAAAAUUUGACAAACCUGCUCCUUGAGGUUUUCUCGAAACUGGCUCUCCAUCUACUUGUUUUUCUGUUUUAAAACACAUACUGUUAAAUCAGCUACUCUUGGCUCCAUUUUACAGAUAAGACAACUGGGGCUGAGACAAAGUGACACUUUCCCAAAGCCACAUUAUGGCAGAUAUGGAAUUUUGACCCAGGCCUUCCUUUUUCAAAUCCAACUCAUUUGAUUACACACACUUUCUUUGCCAGCUAAGUGUCUCUUUUCUUUUUCUUUCAUGGUUCUGCGUGAAGAGAAAAAGUCAAUGCAUUCCCACACAAAUAGCGAAAGCACCCCGGAGCCAUUUCUUCAAAAUGUUUCACUGCAGUGGCAAAAACUCCUUGAUUGUUGCCUAGAAGCUACUUGCUGGGCGAGUCUUCAUCUCAUGCACAUGUAAGUAUGUAAGCCAUUCACUGGAAUAUGCACGGUGGUGGAGACCUGGGCUUCAGGGUGUUAGUGCAGAAGAGUCAGUUCAGGAAACCAACAUGAUUUGCAGCCAAUACUUCAGCCUCUGAACUGGCUCCUCAUUGCCCUGUGGAUACAGGUAAGAGAUGGGACUUUUUACUUGAAGUACUCUAAAUACCUUGGCACUUAAAAACCCUAGGGCAGAGAUGGGGAUCCUCAGGCUUGGGUAUCAAAUGAAGCCUUCCAAGCCUCCCUUUCUCUGUCCCUUGCACUUUCUCAAGUUGAUCUUGCUUAGUUCUGUGCUUGGGUUCACAUGAGAGUGUGGUGCACUUGCAAGGAGUGUGGUGGUUUGGUGUGCUCCACACCGAGAUAGGGAAAUAAAACUCGCAGGUAUGGAAUUUAUUGGCACCUAUUAUGCCCAGCUGGCUUCUUAAACACUAACUUGCUUUGGCCAACUCAUUUGAAAGCAGUUGUUCUGCCCUUGCAUCACACUCUCUCCACAUGUCUCUCUUUCCGGGCUCAGGAUUCUGGAAAAAUUGGAUCAGCCUUUGCCUCCAGAUUCCAAGGAAUUGCUUCUCUACCUCACCUCUAUUUACACCCAAGAGGACACCGUUCCCAGCCCAGGCUCAAUCCCAGAACUCCGCAAGCAGCCUAUUUAUACUGUGGAGAGCUUACAGUGGCAAGUGAAGCAGAGCAAUAUGGCCAGAGGGCUUGCCAAAAGAACUACAAAGCAUGAGUGGCCGCUGGGAGAUAUUGAAGAAGAAGAAGAGAUGGAGGAGGAAGAGGGAGAAGCUCAGGCAGCACAUCUCUACCCUGGAUAUCUUGAUGAGAGAAAGAUGGCUCUGCUUGGGUCGGUCUGGCAGGUCAGCCCAGGUAAAAAUUGCCUUUUGGUUUGCUGGGGAAGGGAAGAAACAAGAAGCAGUCUGGAGUGUCUCCAGCCUUACAUCUGGCAUUGUCUUGAGUAUCUGUACACAUCAUGAUUAGAAGUUGCAAGUAUGUGGAAUGGUGGUAGUGGCAGUGGUGACUGUUAAUAUUAUUGGAUUUGUGAGUCACUUCCUCUUACCCUGGGCAGCCCAAAGCGACUUACAGCCAAACAGUUGAGUGGAGAUAGAAAAGGGCGGAACUAAGCACCUGUGAUUCAGAGACACUUGAGCCCACAGUUUCAUUCUUUGCCUAGCAGGGGCCUUUGCUGCAUCAGAGGAAAUAGAACUUUGCAGGAGCUAUGGAGGGUAGAACACAUGCUUGGCAUUCAAAAAGUCCCAUGUUCAUUCCCAGGCAUCUCUAGGUAGGCCUGGAAAAUACCCAUCUGAAACCAUAGAAAGCUGUUGCCUUAGACAGUGGACUAAUGGUCUGAUUUGGCACAAGGCAGCUUCCUAAGUAUGUUCUGAGGUGAUAAAAUCACAUGGGGGAAUGAGUUGGUGGAAGGAGAGAAAGAGGACCCUGUCUUGUAAGUUAUCAGUGGUAGAAUAUCUGCUUUGCCUGCAGGACCCCAGGUGCAGUCCUAUAAGUUAAUUUGUGUGUUGAGUGGCCCAUUCAAUUUCUUUGGAUGAUGCUGAGUUCUAAUGUUAAAAAAAGAAAGUAUUCUCUGCGUCAGUCUAGUCUUCAGUGCAAAAUGCCCAGGCUUGUGAGAAUCUUUCUGAGCUAUGAAUGUUGCUUGUUUUUUUUCCUAGGCUGAGUCAGCCUCAUUCAAGCACCUGUUACUAGAUUUAGUAUUAAUUCCAGCUCUCUCUAAUAAUCUUUUUAAUUUCCUUAUUGCUCAAGUAGUACACAUUGAGUUUCCCAGGCAGUUACCCAGUGUGUUGCUCAAUAAGUUUCCAGAAAUGUUGUGUUAGACAUGCCCCAAAGAGAUAUUAAAAAUCUGCUUUCAAUGCUCCACUCAUUUAGAAACUACCCAAAUUCAUUCAUUCUCCCUCCCUCCCCCCUUUCUCUUUCUCUUUCUCUUUCUCUCUCUCUCUCUCUCUCUCUCUCUCUCUCUCUGUGUGUGUGUGUCUCACCCACACACUUGUUUUCUUUUGGGGGGUGGAAUGGUAAGGAUAUUUUGAGCUGGUUUAUCCAGAAAUAAUAAUGGCUUAGUCUGAAGUGUGUUUACAGCUCAGAACUGAUCUGCACCUCAUUCACUGCAUCAAUUAGAUGUUUGUGGGCAACUCAACAUAUAAGUUUGUAUUCAACUGACAAAGUGGGGGGGUCAAGUAGAAUCACACUGCUCUGCAUUUGCUGCCCUGCUCUGCUGAAGAAACAGAUUGUCAAAGUUGUCAUCUAGACCAUUGGUCCAACACAUUGGACCCUUGAUAUGGUCUUUGCUCGAAAUGAUAUGAGGGAAAUAUCAUUUAUCAAAAUGAUAUGAGGGAAAUAUAUCCUUUGCUCGAAAUGAUAUGAGGGAAGGACCCAAGGAUUUGUGUAAGUGUGCAAUGAACUCCCUUGUCAAGGUCAGACCAUCAUUGGGUAAGUUUUGGACUGACACUGGUAGUUCCCACCUAAAGUUGGGGUAACCCAUCUUUAGAAACUAAUGGAACUGUGUGUGUUUCUUGAAUGAUCUGGGGGAUUUCCAGCUAAGAAAGCUGACAAUCCAGGAUUGUCUAUGGAAUGCCAAGAUGAAAUGAAUAGUUGGCAUGAUUGUUCCUGAGCAUCCUCUCCAACACUGUGGAGCCCAAUUGGUCUCUUUGUCUUCUGGGGAGCUCCAGGCUAUGAAACAAGCUAGAUCAAGGCUAGAGUGAUGCAAGUCUCACUCUGAAGCUGACCCAGUGUAGAGUUGCAGCCUGCCAUAAGGUGGACUGCAAUGCAGCCAGAUGGGUGGGGUAUAAUUUUUUUAUUAUUAUCUCCAUGCAUAGGCUGUAUAUGUUAAGAAGUUGGUCUCUCAGUGCUUGUUUGGAAGGGUUGAUGAUUAUUGAUGUUCUGAAGCAGAGAUCAGGAACUUCAGGGGCAAAUAUGACCCCCAGAAGACCAUCUGCAGGCCAUGCACCUUCCCCAGGCCACACCAGCCCUGCUUUUGCCUGGCUGCAAUGUUCAUUGCUUGCCUGGAUGGAGGAUAGAGAGGAAUGGGUGUGCAACCUCUGAGUUCAUGGAGUAGGAGACAUUCCAGCCAUGCAAAAAGUGGCUUCACACAAUUUUGCCUCCAGACCCACCUAUCACUGGCACGUGACACCAGAAGGAUGCCUGUGAGGGAUUGUGGCCUUCGGACUGAAAGAGGUUUCCCAUCCAUCGUAAAACAUACUUUAACUCAAUUCUAACCCACGUUGAUCUCUGGGGAGAGGAAAAACUGGGAAUACAGCAUGAUCACAUCUUACACAUAUUUAAUUUGCUCAGUUUCAGUUGAAGGCAAGCUGGUUGAAAUUAUGCAAGUUAAAUCCAAGCAGGGCAGAGAGUUUAAAAGCUCCACUUGGGUUACCCCACACAUAAAGAGCUUUUAAGCUUGCUGGGCAAGGCCCACCCUCUCCCCCCCCCCCCUCACCCACUAGCUGCUGGGUGGUUUAUUCAUUCAUUCAACUUAUACACUGCCCUAUACCCAGAGGUCUCAGGGUGGUUCACAACAAGACCACAACAUAUAAAAUCAAACCAAAAGCAAUUACACACACCCCCUCCAAGCGACAUUCUAAAAGGGUGUUGGAUGUCAAUAAGAUCAACCAAAGACCUGGUUAAAAAGGAACGUUUUUGCCUGGUGCCCAGAGGUGUAUAAUGAACUUCCCUAAAGAGAGCAUUCCAUAGACGGGGAGGCGCUGCAGAGAAGGCCCGUUCUCGUGUUGCCACCCUCUGGACCUCGAAGAGGAGGCACACAAAGAGGGGCCUGAGAAGAUGAUCAUAUGGGAAGAGGCAGUCCUUGAGGUAUUGCAGUCCUUAGCCGUUCCAGGGGUUUGGGUAUACAUGCUUUUCGUGUAUAUUCAGAACCCUUGAAACCGAACCCCUGUGUAAAGGUAAAGGGACCCCUGACCAAUAGGUCCAGUCGUGACCGACUCUGGGGUUGCAGCGCUCAUCUCGCUUUAUUGGCCGAGGGAGCCGGCGUACAGCUUCCGGGUCAUGAGGCCAGCAUGACUAAGCCGCUUCUGGCAAAGCAGAGCAGCGCACGGAAACGCCGUUUACCUUCCCGCCGGAGCGGUACCUAUUUAUCUACUUGCACUUUGAUGUGCUUUCGAACUGCUAGGUUGGCAGGAGCAAGGACCGAGCAACGGGAGCUCACCCCGUCACGGGGAUUCAAACCACCGACCUUCUGAUCGGCAAGUCCUAGGCUCUGUGGUUGCAAUAAUAUUGUACCACAUUUUGUUCAUAGUCCGUAUGAACAGACUAACCCCAGGUGAAAGGCAUUUGAUCGUGCUGAAUUAUGUGUGUCUUCUCUCACAGAUUGGGUGAAGUGGGGAAAUUAUCCCUUGGGGAAAUUGCCUGACCAGUCAGAUGACCCUGACAACCUGCUGGUGGAGAACUACUCCGUGAUGUUGACACACGACCAGCUGAUGGAUGGAGGCAGGAAUAGCACCCCCAAUGCCACGUGAGUAACAUACUGAGGCCUGGAUGGGCCCUUGCAGUGCUAAAUAAAAGAGAUGAAAGGCUUGAUCUUAUCUCCACCAUGAAACGCACAGGCCAGUCUUUCUCUUACCUUAAUAUACCUCACAGGGGGGUUGUUAAGACAUCAGAAGGUGUGGAGGGUGUGCGCUGUGGAUGCUAUAUUGGGGAGGAUCAGAGAAAAUGUAAUAAAAUCCAUGGGAAUGGGACAGGCUGUGAAUUGACAAUGUGUCAUGUUUUGUUCUUUAUGUCUCUCUAAGCUGGGUUUUGAACAUUACUUUUCCCUUUCACUUGGUUCAUUCCUUAGGAACUGCUCUUUACUCCGAGUAGCCUAGAGUAGCUUCCACGUGUUUCCUUGAAUGUCUGUCACCCAGACAGCUUCCCCAUCUGCACUUGCUUAACUUUCCAGAAAUAAAACAGCAUCAUAUGUUAUUUGUCCUUGGCCUGUGAAGAUAGACUCAGGGAUGUUACGCAUAUUUGUUCAUUUUAAGAGAUGUUUUAAUAACCCAACCUUCCUCCAGUCCCCUCAAUUUUUUAAAAAACAAACUACUUACCAGCAGCUGAAAACUGCAGGAGGGGAGAGUGGUACUCAGGUCCUGCUUGGCAUCUGGUUGGCCAUUGUGAAUACAGGAUGCUGGAUUAUAUAGGCCUUUGGCCUGAUCUAGCAGGACUCUUUUUAUGUUAAGUUUGGUGCUGAAAAUGUGUGUUGGGAGGUUGCUUAUUUGGCUCUGUGUGAUUGAGGCUUUAUAGAUUAGGGUUGACUUAUGAGGUCAACUUUUGUUUUUUGCUAGAGUUUUGAGAUCCACCAACUGGAGACUGAUGCAAAGGGUGGGACAGAAAUUUGAUAAACUACCCAGAGAUCUACUGUAGAUUCAAAUCUAGCUUCUGCCCAUCCUUUUUCUAAGCACUUUAGCAAUACAGUGACAAAAAAAGCCUCCACCAGCCUUUCUCCCAACAUUGGAGCUGGGGAAGAGACAGGAAUCCCACUGCGACUACAGGGAAGAUCUUUGGCCACCUCUCUAGCUCCAAAGGAAGUAGGAGGAAAGCAAGGGCUAAUUGUGGAUGCAAUGCUGAGUGAAAAUUUGUAGCAUUGUUUAUGCAGCACCUUGGACUUUGGGUGUUUUACAGCAGUUAAACUGAAGCUGAAGUUCAAAGCCUGUCUGCAGUCCAGUAUUUGCUAAAAACUGCAAGUGACACCUUAGCAGAUGUUGUAGAAUCUUAGAAUUGUAGAGUUGGAAGGGACCCUGAGUAUCAUCUAAUCCAAUCUCCUGCAAUGCAGGAAUAAAGCAUCCAGGACAGAUGGCCAUCCAACCUUAAAAAGUUCUUCCUGAUCUUUUGUCAGAAUCUCCUUUCUUGUAGCUUAAAGCCAUUGGCUAUCCAGCUUCUACUUAAAAACCUCCGAUGAAGGAGAGUCCACCACUUGCCAAGAGAGACCAUUCUAUUCCACUGUCAAACAGCUCUUACCACCCAAAAGCCCUUGAGAUAUUUGAAGAUGGCUAUCAUGGCUGCUCUCAGUCUCCUCUUUUCCUGGCUAAACAUACCCAACUCCCUCAACCAUUCCUCAUACACCUUGGUUUCCAGACCCUUGUUCGUCUUGGAUGCCCUCCUCUGCACACAUUCCAGCUUGUCACUAUCCUUCUUCAAUUGUGGCACCCAGAACUGGACCCAGUACUCCCAAUGGGGUCUGACCAAGGCAGAAUAGACUGGUACUAUUACAGCAACGGGCCCAGGACAGCACUCUUUGGUUCAGCCAGCCAGCCAAUUACAAAUCAACCUAAGAGUUAUCUCAUCUAGCCCACAUUUUAUCAGCUUCUCUGCAAGAGUACUGUGGGAGACGUUGUCAAAAGCAUUACUGAAAUCAAGAUACACUAUGUACACAGCAUUCACCUGAUCUACCAAGCUUGUAACUUAUUGAAAAAAGAAAUGAGAUGUGUUUGGCAUGACUUGUUUUUGAGAAACCCAUGCUGGGUAUUAGUACUCAUAGUUGACCAUUUAAUUAUUUGUUCUAGACCCUUUCCUGGUUAGUAGAUACCUGGGUCUUCUUCUUUUUCCACAUUUUGAAGAGAGGGACAACAUCUCUCCACCUCCAGUCUACAAGGACCUCACCUAUUCUCCAAGAAUUCUCAAAUAUUAUAGGCAGAGGCUCUGAGAUUACAUCCAUGAGCUCCGUUAGUACCCUUGGGUACAGCUGACCAGGCCCUGAAGAUUUGAAUUCAUUUAACGUAGCUAGAUGUUCCUUUACAACCUGUUUCCUAUCUUGGGCUUCAGCUCCCUACUUGCAUCAUUUAUUCUGUUAUCAUCAGGUUGGGCAUUGCUUUCCUUUUGGGUGAAGACAGAGGCAAAGUAGGUGUUGAGCAAUUCUGCCUUCUCCCUGUCAUCCAGUAGCAUUUAUUCCUCCCUCCUCCCUCACAGUUGACUGUAUCUGCGGCAACCCCUGUAUGUAACAUACAAAAACAGUAUGAGAGCAAUUCAGUGCCACACUCAUCUGAUCUUCUGUCCAUGCUAGCAGUUCUGCCAGACAGAAUGAUCCCCUGCUUUCUCCCUGUGCACUCUUCAGGGGGUCUCGCCAACCCUCCAGAGCAAAUACAGGCAAGGAGUGGAGAGAAAGCACCAUUAUGCUAGCAGAAGCCCUUGUACUGGGCUUAGCCAGCAUGCUGUGUUACUUGAACUGGGGCUUACAUGUUUUCCACUUUUCUUUAAAGGCACUCUUUUCCUUCAUGUGAAGGAACUGCCCAGCCUUACCCAAUCUGGUGUCCCCCAUAUGUUUUGGACUACAUCUAUCAAUUCCAGCCAGCACACAUGUGCUAGGUUGAAGCUGGCAGCAGUCAUAGUCCAAAGUGUCAAAAGGGCACCAGGUAGGUGAAGAUGGUAUUUGGCUAAGCUGACCCAUGAACGGUGAGCAAGCCAAGUAUAUUGUUAUAUAGAAUCAUAUUUUUUUAAAUAAUGAUUUUAUUUAUUUUCAUGGUACAGAAGAUAAAUUUUGAGAAAACAAUUGCUACAACAGUAAACAACAAAUAGCUAGUUCUGACAAAAUUAUUAUUAUUAUAUUAUGCCACAUGUUAAAGUUUCAUUUGAUUACUCUGAGAUCACACCACAUUUUCUCAUGAGUGCUGGGUGGAUUACUGCAAUAGUCUGAACAAUUUAUAUAUUCAAUAAAUGUUUGUCAUAUGAAAUGAUACUGACCUUCAGGAGCCCAGAGGCCUUAACCCAAUUGUUUGGUUAACUAUGUCCUAAUUCUAGGAAUGGGAUGCCUUAUUUAAAGUUUCUGUCUGUUCCUAAAUACAGAAAACAUUUUUCCUUGGCUCAGACGAAUGCUUUAUCCUCAAAGCUUCUAGGGGGUAUAUAUUACAAAGCUCCUAUAAGUAAAAGAUUGUGCACUUUCAACAACAAAGACGUAUAUUUUGUUUUACCUGUUCUUUUUUUAAAGCAUUUUUACAAGUGUACAUAGGAACUGAUAUGCCCCAUUACACAGUCCUUCAUUGAAUGCCCUUCAGAAUUUCUCUUGACCACUUUCAUGGAGGGCUUGAACUUUUUGAAUGAUGGAGCAAGUUGCAAAAUUCAUAAAUGUAGCAAUCUUUGAUAGCUUUUUCUGCUUCUAGCCAUCUUAAAUGCUUCACAUUCUGUAACUUUUUAUUUUAUCUGUGGUUGGUAGACCAUAAAUAAACAGCAUUUGAAUAUUAGUUUCUAUCCAUGUUCACUCCUAUUUAUUAAGCAAAUUGAUUAAAAAAACUUGUGUGGUUCAGACUUCUGCAAUCUGGUAACAGCCCAAGUUAAGGGACAUGGGUGGCGCUGUGGGUUAAACCACAGAGCCUAGGACUUGCUGAUCAGGAGGUCGGCAGUUCGAAUCCCCGCAACGGGGUGAGCUCCCGUUGCUCGGUCCCUGCUUCUGCCAACCUAGCAGUUCGAAAGCACGUCAAAGUGCAAGUAGAUAAAUACUGUAUUUUUUGCUCUAUAAGACUCACUUUUUCCCUCCUAAAAAGUAAGGGGAAAUGUGUGUGCGUCUUAUGGAGCGAAUGCAGGCUGCGCAGCUAUCCCAGAAGCCAGAACAGCAAGAGGGAUCGCUGCUUUCACUGCGCAGAGAUCCCUCUUGCUGUUCUGGCUUCUGAGAUUCAGCAUUCCCCCCCCCCCCCCUUGUUUUCCUCCUCCAAAAACUAGGUGCGUCUUAUGGUCUGGUGCGUCUUAUAGAGCAAAAAAUACGGCAGGAAGGGAAACGGCGUUUCUGUGCGCUGCUCUGGUUUGCCAGAAGCGGCUUAGUCAUGCUGGUCACAUGACCCAGAAGCUGUACGCCGGCUCCCUCAGCUAAUAAAGCGAGAUGAGCGCCGCAACCCCAGAGUCGGUCACAACUGGACCUAAUGGUCAGGGGUCCCUUUACCUUUACCUUUAACAGCCCAAGUUACAAAUAUUUUUCUUGCCCUAAAGACCUCAGAUAGGAUUGGGGAAUAGCGUAUGUUACAAUAGAGUCUUUGCUACAAAAUUGUUCCAGAGGUCUGAGCACUAGAUUGAACACUAAUCUGAACACUAGAUUGGCCGGCAUCUAUUUUAGGUCUCUGCAGCAGGCCUUCUAUUUAUGGUUAGUUUUUUACCCCAAAGUUGGAUGUUUCCAGCAGGGUGGCUCCUAAUUGUCCAUUUGAGCCAGUGCUGUGAACUUCCAUCAUUUUGUCACCAGAGCAAUAAUGUCAGUUGCCACAGCAGCUGCUCCAAUUGUAGCCAUUUAUAGCCACUCCUGUCCCACUUGCUUAACUGUUCUAACUCUGAUCCUGCUGUGGUGUUGAUUUCUUCCUGUCGGUGUGUGGCGAGGGCAGAAUUGUUUGACACACAACUGAAGGCAGAGAUGUACAGAAAAUACAUCCAAAUUGAGCUUUUCUAGAUGAUCAGAAAUGGUUGCGUGCCCCAGUUCGGCUUCAUUUUUAGUGCAAUAUUCAUGCAAUACUAGAUCCAUCUGUAGGAGCAUGAAGAUGCUGCUCCUUUGUCGAGAAUGGUGAGCGGGAACAAUUGUUGAAGAGGGCAGUUUGCCUCUCUCGCCCUUCCAAGUAGAUUUUUUUGCCAGCAGCAAGGAUGGAGGAGCAGAUAGCCCUGGGGCACUCCAGUGUGUGCAUUUAUUUUAUUUUAUUUAUGCUGUCUUGCUGUUGAACCUCCCCCUUGCUGUUCUGGGGAUGUGGGUAGUGCUGUGGCCUAAACCACUGAGCCUCUUGGGCUUGCUGAUCAGAAAGUUGGUGGUUUGAAUCCACACAAGAGGGUGAGCUCCUGUUGCUCUGUCCCAGCUUCUGCCAACCUAGCAGUUCAAAAUAUAAAUAGGUACCACUGUGGCAGGAAGGUAAAUGGUGUUUCCAUACACUCUGGCAGUCAUCACGGUGUAACGUUGCGCCAGAAGCAGUUUAGUCAUGCUGGCCACAUGACCCAGAAAGCUGUCUGGACAAACGCUGGCUCCCUCAGCCUGAAAGCAAGAUGAGCGCCGCACCCCAUAGUCGCCUUUGAUUGGACUUGCCCACUUGUCAUUUAUCUUUCCCUUUACCUCUGGGGAUGUAUAAUCGGGAAGCAGGCAAAUUAUUAUCAUUAAUGACUGAUAACGGGUGUUCUUGUGGUCCAGUCCUGCUUUUCUGCUUCCUUUUGAGGCAUAUUGAGUAGCUAUAGUUGAGAACAGAUUGCUGGACUAGAUGGGCUUUUGGUUCUUAAUUAAAUCUUCAUCCCAUCCUUCUACCAGAAGGCAUCCAGUGCUGCAAGUAUUGAAGUAGCAAAGCAAUAGAAUUAAAAAUUAAACUCAGAACAUGUUAAAAGGUUAAGAAUGUAUCAAAACAGUUACAUAUUUAAAUGAUGGCUAAUCAUUUCAAGAUUGCUGGGAACAAUCUCUUUCAGCCACCCAAUGCUGGGUAAGGGAGGUUUGUUAAAAACAAAUGUUUUUAAAUCCCUCCUGACCAUUAAUAACAAGGUAGACAGGUGCACCUCACCAGGAAGGGGAUUCCACAAACAGGGAACCACUCCUGAGAAGGCCCUGCCUCAGAACAUCUCCAACCAGACUGCAUACUCAACACCCAAGCAUUCACUUCUGUGGUAGUUGCCACAACUGAUAUAAUAACCACAGGGUUGGCUUAAGUACAGUGGCCAAGAAAUGGAGCUAAGAGUGGCAGAACAUCUGGAUUGAACUUCACCUUUGCCAUGAAAGCACCCUGUCCCUUCAUCCCAAUCAGCAACAUGAAGAUAAUAAUAGUGACCUGCUUUGCAGGGAUAUUAUAAGAGCAGUAAUGACUCUGCUUCAGUUUGGACAUAACCAGCAUAAAUGCAUUUGUUAAUAGCACUGACCUUUUUCUUCAUACCUACAGAUUCUUCUCUGUUGUCUUCCAGUCAUCCCUCAGUUGCAUAAGUAGCAGAAACCCCCCCUCCACCAUUCAGUUUCUAAACAUAGACUGACUAACAAGAGUUCUUUGUUUUUAUCUUGAGUCCAUUUCAAAACACCAUCCCUCUUAGGGUAUGUGAUGCUCUCUCUUUCCGCCUUUCUUUCCCCCACCUUGAAGUUUGAUUUACGUCACUGUUUGAGGCUUCUGCUGCUGCUGCUGUGAGAGUGCAAAAGAGAAGCAUGAGGUCUUGCUUUAGCAAUGAGGUGUGAAUUUUGUGGUCGCAUGUGUCUAUUUGAGGAAGGGAAAGGAAAGAGGUUACUCUGGUUAUGAGGUCUCUUUUAAGAACUAAGCCCCUGUGGACUGAGUGGGAAAUUUAAGGACCUUGGGUCCUCUGUUUCUUUUUCUCACAGACUUUGCACCUCCCUGUGUGGUGGGGAGGAUGGGUCUUCCCCCAACUGUUUUUGCGGGCAAAAAAGGAAGGGCUCAAAUGAUGUACAGGAAGCAGCUGAUUUCUGAAAUAAAUCACCAUGGAAGAGAGCUGUUGAUGCCUGCAACUUGGAGGAUGGGCAGAAACCUCACUUCCACAAAGUGCCUUGCUUUACCUGGGCUAUAACUUACUCAAAGAGAUGUUGCAGAAGCCCCAGAUGCUGUCUAACUAACAUGUCUGUGCAAGGAUUUCUGCAAGGGGACAUCCCUCAGUCUCCACAGGGUUGGGGAAAACCCUAGAACAGAUUUAAGGGGCACACAGGCCCUAGAAAGGGGCAAAAAUCUUUGUGCUUUAAUUUCAAAGAGCAUGAUGUCCAGUUUAUGACAAGUGCCUCUCCCAAUGACGCUGGACUGCAAGUGACUACCUCAGUGGCACUGCUCACUGAGACUAAUAAUAAUAAUAAUAAUAAUAAUAAUAAUAAUAAUAAUAUAAAAUUUAUAUCCCACCCAUCUGGCUGGGUAUAUAAAAAAACAAAACAUCAAACAUUAAAAACAAAAUUUCCUAUACAAGUGACAAACCAAUAACAAUAAUAAUAAACAGUUUGCAGUUAUACCCAAAUUAAAGUAACCACCAACUCCAACUAAACAUUUAACCAACACCAACCCGACAAAAAUGAAACAGAGGAACCAAAAGUAGAACCGUUCAAAACAUUUUAGCCAGUUGCCCCAACCCAAGAGUUGUUCCAGCAAUGUCCCUCCGCCUCCCAGGAGCCUCUUAGCUGUUCAAGUGAGUGUGGGCCCCACCCCCGUGGGCCAGGUGGAAGUGGGCCUUGCAGCAGGAAGCAGCCUUCAUUCUAGCACUUAGGCAGCAGCAUUCCCUUUCUGUCAUAGAUGGAGGUCUCUCCUGUGGGGUUGAGAUAGUUUGCUUUCUGCAGAGCCUAUCCAUCUUUAUCUGCUGUCUAGCAUUAUUAGUUCUCUGCAUUUUACAACAUAGGAAACUAUCUUUAUCCCGAGUCAGGCUGCUAGUCGUGGCUCUCCAGAGUUUCAGACACGGUACAUUCGUAGCUUAUCUGGAGAUACCAGGAAUUGAACCUGGGGUGCUUUGCAUGCAAAGCAGAUGUGCUGCCACUGAACUACAGCCCUCAACUAAAAUGUCCAGUCCCAUCCCUGAAAGUGAUGAGGUGGAAACAUUCCAGCUGUGACAAGCAUUUUAUUCUGCCAUCCUGAGCCUCAGUAUGCUAUUUCCAACUGAACCUUGUUUCAUCUUAUAGUGGAGAUGCAGCCUGUCCUCUGUUUCUACCAUGAUUCUGCUUGUAGUGUUCACUCCUCAGUUUUGCACCACAGCCUGAUCUAUGCAUAAGACAGAGUGAGGUGGUAGAGUUCUCAGGUGUGGGAGAACGGACUGUACACUUCAAGCUUCACAAUUUUUAAUGCUACCCUAAUGCUAGCACAAUGGGGAGCAACUUCCUAGCAUGCUUGGUUUUGAUUUUUCUUUAACUGCAGGUCCCUUAUCAGCUGUCUGAAGCGGUACGGUCCACUCUACCACCUCAGCAUUCUGGUGACUUACUCUGCUGCAUAUGUAGACCAGCCCCACUGCAGAUCUUGUAUUACCAUAUUUUUCGCUCUAUAGGACGCACUUUUUCCCCUCCAAAAAUGAAGGGGAAAUGUGUGUGCGUUCUAUGGAGCGAAUGCAGGCUCCUUGGCUUCAGCGAUAGCAACGUGAAGCCUCCGAAGUGCAGAAGGAGCGCUCCCUCCGCACUCUGGAGGCUUCACGUUGCUUUUGCUGAAGCCUGGAGAGUCUGGUCUUUGGGGCUGGCGGUGGGGGAAUGCAGCGCUUCCCCCCACCGCCAGCCCCACAAGCUUGGGGGGCAGCGGGAAGGCGGCGCGCCUCCUUCGCGCUGCUCCCCAACCUGAUCUUUGAGGCUGGCGGUGGGGGAAAGCACCUGGUCUUUGAAGCUUUUCCCCGAGGAGGGAGAAGGGACUGACUGGCUGUGUCAGUCCCUUCUCCCUCCUGGUCGAAAAGCCUGCAGGAGCCGCGCUCCUUAAAGGGUGCGCGGCUCCUGUGGGCUUUUGCAGGAGAUGGGGGAAUUCCCCCACCGCGUAGAAAAGCCCGCAGGAGCCACACACCCUUUAAAAAGCUCUUGGGGGCUUUUCCCCGAGGAGGGACAAGGGACUGACUAGCUGCAUCAGUCCCUUCUCCCUCCUGGUCGAAAAGCCCGUAGGAGCAGCGCGCGGCUCCUGUGGGAGGUGGGGGAAUUCCCCCACCUCCCACAAAAGCAGGGAGGAGGUCUGGGAGAAGCGCACAGGCUGCGCGCAGCCUGUCCGCUGCUCCCAGAGCUGGGGGGGGGGGAUCAUAUUUCCCCCCUUGAUUUCCCCCUCUGAAAACUAGGUGCGUCCUAUGGAGCGAAAAAUACGGUAAAUCAUUUGCGUUACUUGGCAAGCCAUGUUGAGACAUGGGCAAGCCUGUUUUAUUUUGCUACCUUUUUAUUCCACCUUUUCUCCAAGGCUCUCAUUUAUCUAUGAUUAUGCAGAAGCUUGAACAUGAGAUUGGCUCUUGACUCUAGCAUUAGGGGAAUUCUUUACCAUAUCUGGCUUUAGGGAAAUUUGUAGGUGCUUUUCAACCUUUUCUUGUUCCUACUUGCUGAAAACACACAUGUGGCCUGAUGGGGUUAGAUAUUAGAAACCACAGCAGGCAUGAAGCAGGCAUGUGUCUUGAGGCUAUAGCCUUAAGCAGGUUCACCAGCUCUAAGCAUCUUGGGUGUGGAACACCUGAGAUACUUACCCCAAUAUUUAGGUGCAUACCCCAACCUUACCUCACAGUGGCCAAUUAAUUUUAGGAGCUGUAUCUGGACUUUUCAUUGUGGUUUGCACAUGCUGUUGACCACUUUGCGAAUUUGAUGGUAAAGAAGCAGGGAAGGCAAAUCCUGCUGAACACAGGGUGUUCCCAGGCUGUCACUGUGUCCAGGAGAGAUUAAAUCACAUCUUGAUGAAUUCAGCUUGCAAAAGUAUAGUUGAUUUGGAAGUCUUACGCAGCAAACACACUUCCCCAAAAGAUCUGACUUCAUGCAGUAAGGAAGGUGAUUGGGAAAUGCUCUGGAAUGUGUGGGAUAACAGUUUUUUCUGUUACAGAAUCAUCUAGCUCCCUUGAAAACAAUCCAAAAUAAAUGUUCUUAAUAUAGCCAAACAGAUCUGCAUGAACGCUGAAUAAACAACUUGUCUGGAAGCACCUUCUGCUGUAUUUACUUUUUAACCAAGGAUGGUUCUGUUAAAAUAUCAGUUUCUGCUCUGGCACUGGCAGGUCCCUUGCUGGUUGUAUUUGCAUUUUGUUAGGGGAAUUCCUUCUUUCCUCCAGAGGACAAAACAGCUGUUGGGCAGUUUUCUGUGUGUGCAAUGUGGAAUUUACAUUCAGAAGUAACCAUUAUUUAAUCCUGGGAUAGGGCAAAGGUGAUUAUAGUUGUGAAACACUCUUCACUAGUAUAGCUUAAGUUGAGUUCAAUAGAUUAGUCCAGUGUUUCUCAAGCUUGGGUCCCCAACUCACCCCUGACCAAUGGUCCUGCUAGCUAGGGAUGAUGGGAUUUGUACCCACUACCCGUGUACAAGACACCCCCAGUUUUUAAACCUUAUUUUACAAUAAAAAACCUUGCCUUAUACACAAAAAAGUAAGGUAUGUGUUUGUGUUCCUUUUGCUUAUAAAAUUUGUUUUUAAAGCUGUUUUCUCCCCUGCUACAGCUCUUCAGAAUGGGGUGGCUCUGCUGCUGAGGGAUUAUUAUGGACCCAGAGCGAUCUCCAUAAGAUAAAAAAUGACCUUCAACUAUUCUAA